UACGGUCCACCUUUAUGUUUAUGCUUACAUAAAAAGGAUGCAUUUCAAAACCCGCCUCCAACUUGGCAAAGAGCAAGGUAAAAAGACCAGUGAGAUUCUGGAAUAAGGCUUCGGUAGUUACAUCGGAAUCGAGGACAUUUUCAGCUUCCAUAGUUUCUCAAAUAAACGAUGAAAUGCAGAUAUUUAAAAGAAUUUCUGCGCUUUCCAACACUGACAACAUUUUAGGACGAUCCGAUAGCGCUUUUUCUGGCAACACCAAACAGCUGAUUUUUUUUUCGCGCCAUUAAAUGCUAUUUCCGAUUCAGAGCAGACUUAAAAUUGUAAACAACGGAUAUUUUUAACUGAAAUGACGACGUUAAUUGAACAGUUGAUCACAAAACUGGGCUUGAGGGAUGAACCCAAUGUGCUAGAGAAAACAACUGAACUGGUGCGCCUGCUGGAUUUGCGAUCCACCAAUGUCCCACUACAUGUUAAUGAAUAUGGAAAGAUUGUUCUGUGCGCAGACCUCGCCUCUACCCUUUUGGGUAUCGGCUUCGAUAAGGAGCAAGCCUUGAAACUAUCUAUGCUUCGCAAGAGCCACUACCUAAACCACAAACGUAUGUUUGAGAAACUGUUGGACCUAAACAAGCUAGCCAGCGUCAAAGACAUUUGCGUGCAGUUAAGUCUCAACGAGGUCUCCCGCAAAGCUGAGGAGCUUAUGACACUUUUCAAGGCACUGGCGGCCACCCAGGACACUGACAUCGAUACCAACCAUCCGCAGUACGCAGCUGUGGCCGUUUUUCAUGCUUGCCGACUUAUGAAGACCAAAGUGUCCAAGACGAAACUAAUGCCCUUUAGUAAUCUAAGGCCCACCCAGUGGCAGCAACUCGAGCAUCAGUGGGAGCGCAUGAUCGCCAAACACUACAAGGAGAACAAAGUGGUCUCUGUAUCAGAUUUGGAGGGAAAGCUGAAACAAAGCCAGCAGGAGAACAUCCUUGGACAGGAGUCAAAAAAAUCAUUAAAGCCGCAGGUAGAGGAUUAUGAAAAAUGGAAGGCAAGAAUGCUGGCAUCAGCACAAGCUAAACUAAUAGAAAUGGAAGCUACGAAUUCCGAAGAGAUAGGAGCAUAAUACUCAUAAAAUGUUCCCCUUAAAGCCAAACUUUUGUCAUUAGGCCAUAACCCAGUUCAUUUUUAUUAUAAAAACAUUCUCAUUACGUAUAAGUAAAAAAUAUUCAAAACUUUUCGAAAAUAAAAUUCGUACUUUUAACAUGCAA